UAAUAUCGAAAUUUUUUCGCGUCUCAAAAACUGUGCAGAUGUCCGCGUAGUGAAAAAAAAGUAAAGAAACCGUAUUAUCUUAUAAUUAUUAACUUAUUAUUAUUAACUUGAACCACUGAUUGACGUGAGCAACCACAAAUAUGGAUCUCAGCGGUCCACAAUCCCUGGACAACAUCCUGCAGCCGGACGAGCUGCAACUCGUGCCGGAAGAAAUCCAGAAGAAGCUGUCGGCGUACAUUGAACAGUUUUCAGAUGAAUAUUGCAAGAAAAGAGCGGCCGCACAUCGGCUGGAGGAAGCUGAGCAAAAGAACGAAGAGCUAACAUCUAAAAUGGAGGACUACACGGUUAAGUUUGAAAACUUUGAGAAAAAUGUGUCAGAACUGCGCACGCAACUAGACCAGGUGGUUACGGAAAGGACCCAGCUCCAAGAAAAUGUGAGCAGUUUCGAGCAAACCUUGUGCAGCCUGCGGCACGAGAAGACCAUAGCGAUCGAAGAACGUGACUCGCUGAUGAGGGUCAUCGAGCGUCAGCAGGCAGAGAUUGAUCGUUUGAAACAGGACCUGCAGAACUACCAGCAGCAGUUAAAUGCCGCCAUUAUAGCCAAGUGCGAGGCAAUCGCCCGCGUGGACGAGAUCCAGAGCAAGGAGCUGGCACUUGGUAUUAAGGAGCGCCGCUACGAGACCGAACGUACCAUGCAGCAGCAGGAGAUCCAGCUACUCAGCACCGAUCUCAACCGUAGCAAUGCUGAGCUGCAGAACAUCCGCCGCGAACACUCUCUGACCACCAUGCAGCUUGAAGCGCGUCUUGAAGAGAAGAGCGAGACCAUUCAGUUUUUGCAAAAUAAAACUGCAGAUGAUGCCAAACUAAUCGAGGAGCUGACUGAAAAGGUCCGAAUGGCGAAUGAGAACCUCCAAAGCCACAAUAAGAACUCGGAUCUUUAUAUGCAGAACAUGAUGACGGAAAUCGCCGCAAAGGAGGCCCUAAUCAAUCUAAUGAAGAACACCGAGAACACUAUUGUGACCGAGCGCGAAGAGCUUAUUGGAGCCGUUGCGGAAAUAAAGCGGAUGUUAGACGCCGAGGUUGAAAAAACCGUCAAACUAGAGGCGGAGAAGCUGGAUAUUAAGAAGCAGCAUGUCGUCGAGGUGGACGAACUGAAUCAGAAGAUUGAGGAUAUGAAGCACGAGAUCGCCGGUGCCAACGAGUUGCUGAAGGAGGCCCAGAAUCGCACUCUAGAAAGCGCCAUUUGCCAGUUAGCUCCCAGUGCUGCCGUGGCUAGUCGCCUUAUGCGCUCCGAUCUUUCCCUGACCGAACUGUACUCGAUGUAUGCCAAGGCCAGCGAAGAACUAGAGGUGCGUAACCGCGAGAAUGCUCAGUUAAAGCUGCAGAUCAAGUCUAUCUUGGCGGAGGUCAGCGAGAGCGCUCCAUUGGUGCAGAAACAGGGCAACGACCACCAGAAAUUGAUCGAGGAGCAUGCUCUGCUCACCGAGCAACGCAACCAAUUGGCCGAGCAGAAUCUCUCACUCGAGCAUGAGUUGGAGAGGACCUCUUUUAAUCUGACUUGUUGUCAGAAUGAGGGCAAAAAGCUAAAGCAGACGCAUAGCGAUCUCAGCCGCCAGGUAUGCAUGCUUCUAGAUGAAUUAAACUGCUUGCGGUCCGGGGUGCCCCGCAGUCGCAACAGGUCAGAGCGCGACGACCGCAUGGAAAUGACCACAGACGGCCUAAUCACCAGAGAACUGGUAACCUUCGACUCCAUUCAGGAGCUACAGGAGAACAAUGUCAAAUUGUUGGCCAUUACCAGGGAACUGACCGCAAUGGCUGAAGAGCAGGAGAAGGACAAUGACAAGCUUAAGUUAGAGCAUUACGAAGAGAAGCUGAAGAAGGCCAACGAACGCUUCGCCGGGCUAGAGGAGGUGCUAUCACAGAAGAAUAAUUCGAUUACCACGCUGCUCGCCAAAUGUGAGCGCUACAAGCAGCUUUACUUUUCUCUCCAAAUGAAACUGGGCAAGAAAGUCGUGGAUCUGGAUGAUGCCAGCUCGGAUAUCGACGAAUCAUUAACGCUUGACACAUCAACAAAGUCUGCUGCCAAAUUAGAAGACAUAAGCAAGCUGGAGGAGCGUGUACGCUCCUUAGAGCAAGACCUGGAGAGGGAAACCAAGAAGUAUGCUGAGCUAAAGGAAAACUACGACUAUUACACCAGCGAGAAGCGCAAAAACGACGCAUUGGCCCAGGAGCAAUUCGAUUCGAUGCGCAAGGAGAUGCGAGAGCUGACCAGUGCUAACUGCAAGCUCUUAAACGCCGCUGAAUUCCAAAAGGAUCAGAUAGAGUUGCUGCACAAAAACAUUAAAACCUACAAGCAGCAGGUGACGGCUCUGGAGGAACGCACAAAGAGCUAUGAAAAGACUAUUGUGAAGCAUGAGCAGACGGUGCUCAUGCUCAAGGAUGAAGUAAUGGCCGCUCAUCGCAAGCACGCUGCUGCCGAUUCAGAGGCUCAUAGCCUUCGCCAAGAAACUCGCAUCUUGAAGGACACUUUGUCCCGCCUGCAAAUCGAAAAGGAGGCCUACCACCGUGAGCAACAAAGCCAGUCACUUCUCUUGAAUAAUCUGGAGUUCAUUAAGGCCAAUCUGGAACGGUCCGAGAUGGAGGGCCGCCAGCGUUUGGAGCAGAGACUGGACGACAGUGUCAGGGAGCUGGCUGCUCAACGCCGACAUUUCCAAGAGCAGGAGGAGAAGUUCAACGAAACCAUUAACGAUUUUAAGCGACAGACAGAGACCGCCGUCAAGCUAAAGGAGGAGGAGAAACAGCUGGCUGAGAAGUGGCAUGCCGAGUUGCUGGGUGUUCGCGAAGAACUCGCUAAGAAGGAAAGCCAAGUAAACGAGUUGAGCAAGAAGCUACAAGAGAGCCUCACGCCUUCAAUCAACGAAAAUCCUAUAGCAACGGCCAAUAAACGGGCCAGGGAAUUUGAGCUGAAGUUCGACCAGGCUACAGUCGAGAUUGAAUCGCUUACGAAGGAGCUGGCCAAGGCUCGUGAGCACGGCGAGCAGUUCUUCAAGAUGUCGCAAACUGCCGAGAGCGAGAUCAAGCGCCUUCACGAAAUCCAUACAGAGUUGGUGGCCAAUCAGGAGGCGGAAAUAAAGAAACUGAGAAGCUCCGAAGACGAGCUAAAGACCCGCAUCACCGUGCUUGAGGCGGAGUCGAUGCUGGCUAAUGUUACAGAGCAAAGCAAGACGAUUAACCAGUCGGAUCAGCUGAAAAUAGCUCAAGACGAGCUAAAGAAGGCGUUGGAGAAACUCACGGAGUCGGGUAACACCAUUUUCACUCUGCGAACCGAAAACUCUGCUCUGGCCGAGUCCCUUAAUGCUGUGGAGAUGAAGUAUGCCAACGAGAUGGUGCUGCACUCGGCGGACAUCCAGGAGCUAACCCGGAUCAAGGCAGACUUCUUCAAGGUUCAAGAUGAGCUAAAACAGUUAAGGUCUGGACGCGAAUCGUUGCAAGCCGCCCAUGACGAUCUCCUGCGCUCUAAUGCGGAGGCCCAGAGGGUGCUGAAGGCCGAGAAAGAGGAGUCAGAGCAGCGCGUGAUGGAUCUACAUGCCUUGAACUCCAGUCUGCACAAUCAGAUUGAAGCGUUGACCUCCAAAUUGACUGCUCUCUCCACUCGAAACGCGGAGCCAAACACAUCUAUAUUGAAUGAGUCAGCCGUAGACGGUAAUCAAAGCCUGAAUGUCUCUGGCCUCGACAGUGGCGAGGAAGUGAAAAAUAACGAGCAAUUGCUGAUGAUUAUUAAGUUCCUGCGCAAGGAGAAGGAUCUGUUUGCUGCCAAGCUGGACAUACUUAAGGCGGAAAAUGCACGCCUCAGCACGGAGCACACAAUUCAGCAAAAGAAAAUGGACGAACUGAAUGGUUUUCUGAACCAAGAGCGUGCCAAGAACCAGACGGACGUGGUGUCCGCCACCAAGCAUGAGGAGGUGCUGCGCAAGAUCGAGACUCUUAACGCCAUUACGGACAGCAACCGUAUUUUGCGAGAAGAACGCAAUGCCUUAGUCGUGCGCGUCACUGAACUCACCGAUCGCAUUAGCAGUCUAGAGCAGGAGUUGUUCCCGCUGCAAUGCAGCAACAAGGAGCUAUCUUCGAAGAUCGAAGAGCUAAAUUUGGAGACCAACUCGUUGCGGACCGAAGCCAUCAAGUGGCGGCAGCGUGCCAAUGUGCUGGUAGAGAAGAGCAACCGCAACCCAGAGGAGUUCAAGCGACUGCAGGCCGAGCGCGAGCACUUGGCCAAAAUGCUCACCGCCGAGAAGGAUCUGAGCAAAAAACAGCUGGAGGAAUUGGCCACGCUGAAACAACGCCUGGAAACCGAAAUCCCGUCGUUAAACAAGAACCUGCAGCUGCUCGAUGAGGCUCGCAAGAAGCAGGCUGAGGAGUCCACCAGCCUUAAGCAGAAUAACACGCGCCAGACACAGGACAUUAUGGAGCUAAAGAACCGCCUGCUGCAGAAGGAGGAAGAGCUCCUGAAGGCCAACGAGGAGCUGGAGACCAAGGACAAAACUAUUGCAGACAAGGACACCAAGGAGCUGCAGUUGCGCAAGCUAGCCAAGCGCUACAAGGACUAUUACAUGGGCCUGCAGGCCCAAGCUGGAGGCUCAGAGACAGUAGCAGAGCAGGAGAAGAUUCGCGGCGAGUUAGAAGAGGUAAACAACCAACUGCGAGCCCUAAAAGAGGAGCACGAAAAGGUUACCAAAGAAAACGAAGAGCUGAAGAAGCGCACCGAAUCCGACACGGACAGCAAUGUUGUUCGCCAAGAAUACAAGGCCAAGUUGGAUAAACUGGUUGUGGACCUAACCGUGGCUCGAACCGACUUAGCUAACCAAGAGACCACAUUUGCGGGUACCAAGUCAUCUUACGACGAAACCAUUGCGCGCCUGGAGAAGGAGCUACAAGAGAAUAUAGCAUCCAAUAAGGAGAUAAACCAGCGGCUUACCCGCGAGAACGAAUCACUGCAUAUGAGAAUCAAUCAGCUCACCCGUCAGCUGGGUUCGCAGCAAUCAACAAAGCCAUCGACCAGCUCCGUGGCCGAGAAGGGUAAUAUUUCCGAGAGCUCGCCUCGCACCGCCAAUGUGAAGCCCAUGUCAGGAUCAGCCACUGUCCAGCAGUCGGCCACCGUGACUCCUUGGCGUGGCGGCGAGACUCCGCUGGCCAGCAUUCGGCCCAUUUCAGUGCAGAACAGCCGCACGGCUGCCAUUUUGCCCACCAGCCAACAGCCCUCAGCUGGAUCCAGUGCAUCAACUUCCUCCUCCUCGUCUUCAUCGUCCUCGACUUCCACCACAUCCGCGGCAGCCAGCGGAGGCAGCUCGGCGGCAGCCCAGACCGCUCUGGUUCCACCCCAACAGCAGGUCCACACCACCGGCAGUGCUGCUUUGGAAUCAAUGGCCUCCUCUUCGCCCACAUCCUCGCACACCGAUUACAUGCCAUCCACUAGUUCGGCGGCAGUUGCAGUGGCUGCUAUCCCACCAAUGGGCGCCACCUCCGCUGCCGAGAGUUCCCAGGAGGCGGAGAGCAUUCAGCAUCCACAGCAGAACGAUGCCCAGUUGUUCGUGGGCGGAGCCCAGCAACAGGUGGUGGCAUUGGUGUCGCCACGCGUCGAGGGAUCCUCUUCGUCAUCUAGCUCCACAUCUGCACCGAAUGUCACAGCUCCGAGUGUGCAGGAUGGCGGUAACCAAAGCCAGCAACCCAGCACGUCAGGCAGCAGCAGCAGCUCUUCGACGGUGGUGAGCAGCCACAGCAGGCAUACCCCGUCCAGCAGCAAUGUGACCACUACUCAGGCCGGCUGCUCCUCGGUGGGUAUCAAGCGCCCGCGCGACGUUGAGGGCGAUUCCUCCACCACCAACGAGGAGGGCGGGCCCGAAAAGAUGCCCAAAAUGACGAAGCGACUGCGCGGCCCGAUGCACAGUGGAGAGCUCUCUGCCGGACAUAUCGGAGACUCUGGUAUGGACGUUGAUCAGAUGCCGACCUCAUCGCAGCGCGAUCAGGAGGACGAUAUUCAAGUAGUGGACUCUGAUGAUGAGGAGGAUGUUCUUGCCGAUGCCGAUGAUGGUCCGAUUGAAGGCGGUGAGGCCGAGCAGGAAGUGUAUGAGGAUUCCUACGAACAAGACAAUGAGAUGGACGACAAUGAAGGAGCCGACGAUGAUAACGAGAUAGCUGCGGAUGCACAGGACAACAACGAGGUCGACAUCGAGGAGGUGCCAGAGCAGCAACUGCAGGGGCAGGAAGAGAGUCAGUUGCUCGAUAGCCAGGCUGUUGCUGCAGUGCCCACCUCGGCGGCCUCUGCCUCUGGACCGGAAAACAACCAGAGCCAGGCCAUCAGCAGUGGAAGUGGCGAGUCCUCCAAUCCGUUGACUCUGCCACAAGCUGAUGCUUCCAAUUGGAAACAGGCAGCCGCCUCCACAUCCUCGGCGGCAGCUCGGCGCACCGAAAGCUCGAUGGAGAUUGUCAGUUCGCCGCAAGUGUCCAACUUUAGUGAGCAGCCAGCCCGCUUGGAAUCUGCCGAAGUCGACGGCACCUCAGUGCCCAUGGAGGGUGCUCCGGACGAAAGUGCAGGACCCAGCGAUAAUAGUGCUGCAGCAGCUAGUUCGCCGCAGAAGCAAGGCGAGGCCGGAGAGAGCAGUGGUAACGAUGCUGUCAGCAAGGCAUUGGGCGAGAGUGAUCAAGCUGUAGGCGCUGAGGAUGCCAGUGAGGCGGAUGAAGCUUUCGCCGAGGAAACGAUGGCUUCUGGUCAAGGAGAAGAUUCGCAGCCUCUAGGAAGUGACAAUCCAAAUGUGGGCACUAGCCAGUCCGAAGUGUCCGAUAACCAGGCGAAUCAGGCCGAGGGCAAUCCCACUGAGGACAGCGAGGGAGCGGACGGUGUCUCCUCUGAGGGAGAGAAGCAGGCGGUGGGUGUGGAAGAGGAGGGUCGCGAAGCGGAGGCCACCUCGCCGUCAGAAAACACUCGAUUCCGUACUCUGCGCAGUGCAGUACCGACACGUCGCGGAAAUCGAACCAUGAUGCGCGGCGGCCCUUCCAACAACCCUAAUCGUCCGCAGCGUAUCGUCUGGCAGCGGGAGACGUCCCCGGGCAAUGUGCAAAGGGAUCAGCCGCCAUCCAGCAACCGCGUCUUCUCUCCACGAGCCCGCAGCAGGCGACCCAUUCGUCGCCCAUCACCCAAUAACUUUAACAACGGUGGACGGUUUCCAUAAGUCGGCCAAUUCAACGGACACGCAGACGAAAGUCCGCUGCAGGCUGACUAUAAUCUUUUCGUUUACUGGGCUAGAAAUAAGACUCCUCGCAUUUAACUAUUCUUAAGCUUAUAUACAUAUAAACAUUCACCCAAUCAAAUUUCAAUAUCGCAGCAGUUGCCCAGACGCAAAGAGCUUCGGUUCUUGUACAUUAACCUAACAGUUUAGAUUCAAUAAUAAAGUAUACAUAUGUAAUGUCCAUAUUGUGAAA